UUAAGAUUUUAUUUUAUUUUUUUAGCCAUAAUUCCGCAGCUCAGGUGCUGCUGUUGUGCGUCAUCUGCUCACAGGGCGCAAAUCUGCGCCGUUCUUUCUCGCGCAGAUUCCUGAGCCUGACCGCAGCGCGAUUAUGAAGGCAGUUAUGAAGUUGUGCAGGUAGGCGGGGGUGGUAGGUGCCGGUGGGAGGGGUCCUGCGCCCGGCGGGGCUUGACAGCUCCGUACUAUUGGCUGACACUACAGGGGGAAACUCUACCUGUUACCUGAGAAAAGGAGUGCCAUUCGUCAUCAUCCGAUUCCAAAUCAGGAUCAAGUUUUCCUUCCUCCAGCAAUCCGGAGAGGUAGAAGUCGGCCAGGACCGCCGGGAGCUGAACGAGCGACUGGAGCAGGACGCCGAGCAUGGAGCCUAUCGCGGCGUGGAGCGAGGAGAGAGUCACCAAGUGGCUCCAAGGUCUGGAUGCUCCCACUGAUCAGUACCAGGUGUCGGAGUGGCACCUGUCAGGUCUGGACCUGCUCCAGUUGACGUCCCAGGAUCUGGAGGCGUUGGGAGUUCAAAAGAUCGGACACCAGGAGCUGAUUCUGGAGGCUGUGGAGAAACUCUGCUCCCUGACUUAUGGCAUGGGAGGAGAAAACCUGCGCGGUCUGACAGAAAAGCUGCGCGUCGUUGCCCACUCCCUGCCGAUAGCCAUCCAGGGCGGUUGGCGCCACAACAGCUACGACGGACGGAGCGCCACCAAGCUGCCAGCUGGCGUCCUGAAGAACGUCAUAGAGCUUAUCACUUCUGCCAGAGGCCUCUUCUGCUUGCUCAACAGAUAUCAGUUAUCCCAGCUCAGCAGAUACACCUCUACUCAGAGCAUAUUCACCCAUUGUAGAAAUCUGGGAGACAUCGUCCACAAGGAUUCCACCGUCUACGAAAAGGAGAAGGACAUCAUAUCUGUUUGCCGUCAGCUGGUGGAGGUUUGUGACGAGAUCCUGAACUCCAGCUCCGAUUCGCUUCUGACCCACACGGCUCAGCUGGAGAGCGUCAACCUGGUACCUGCUACACUCGGUGAUCAACUGGGGAUCGAGAUAGCGUCCACCAGCUCCAGCAACCACUACGUGACGGGAACGGCUGCUGAGCCUUCCACUGAUGCCUAUUUGCGAGUCCUGUCUGGUGAUGAAGUGAUCCAAGUCAAUGACCAGAUAGUGGUCGGUUGGAGCAGAGCCAGACUUAUUGAGAAGGUGCGGGAGAAUCCUGGUGGAGUGACUCUGAUCAUAAAGAGGAUCCCGGGUUCGCUGCAGCGCAAGCAUUCGAUCCAGAUCACACCUGUGCAGAAGGAGGAAGAGGAGAGACGAGUGAGUUCGGAGGAAGAAGAACCGGAGGGCAAAGAGGAGAAUCAGAGGCACUCCAUAUUUGAGAGAGUAGCAGCUUCUGUCAGAUCCCUGUCAUUUAGGCGGGCCAUUCAUGGGCCGGAGGUUCGACAGAAGCAUAUGGGACAGGAAGAGUCUGAGUUGCCUUCUGACAGGGAGCAGGAGAGGACCGUGACGUUAGCUGCAUUUCAGAACCAACCGGGCAGGUUGUCUCCUCUGCCGGCGUCAGUGGCUGAGAGUUUGGAUGGUUCAAGGCGCUCUCCAAAUCUCAGGAAAGACCGAACGCCGUCACCAAGAAGUCCUUCGCCUUUUGAAUUUAACCUAGAAAGAAGCAGCGUCAGCUCCUGCCCAGACAUGGUGGGGCACACGUCGAAUAAGGAAACCAAGAAGAGCUCUACGAAAGGAAUGUCGACAGCUCUGAGCCGGCGCCGAGUCUCCUGCCGGGACUUGGCUCAUCCCGACUGCGACGGCUGGCUCUGGAAAAAGAGGAAGGAGAGCAGCGUCUUCAUCACCCAGAAGUGGCAGCGCUUCUGGUUUGUUCUGAAAGGACCCAAUCUGUACUGGUAUAACACGCAACAGGAUGAAAAAGCUGAGGGUCUCCUAAGUGUAUCCAGCUACAACUUAGAGAGUGGUGGAGAGCACAAGAGAAAACACGUUUUCCAAAUGACCCAUAAGAAAUUUCAGAACUUCUUCUUCGCCGUUGACUCUGCCGCCGACCUGAGCAAGUGGAUCAACAGUCUGAUUAUGGCCAUACAGAAGCACAAGAGGCUCCAGAAAGGUCCAGAUAGUGAAGAAGAAUGUUACAGCGAAACUGAAUCGGAGAGCGAAUCGUCUCCUUCAGCUCGCAGGAAAAACAAGAAAGUUCAGUCUAACACUCUGCCUCGACCUAAGGGGAAAAUAAACAAGGCGCCAUUACCGACUUCUUCAACAGAGGGCAGCAAAGAUGGUGGCACCGUGGAUGAGAUGGGGAGGAUGUUUAACAACCUGAAGGAAGGAGGCGUUUCUCUGAUUGGCCAUGAGCAGCCGUUCACGCAGGACCACUUCAGGAAGUCGUUCAUCCGGCGCAACAAGAACCCGGUCAUCAACGAGAAGGUGCACACGCUGCGGGCCCUGCACAGCACGCUGAAGGCGAAAGAAGCCGAGUUGCUGCAGAUCAACAAGCUCCUGGAUGAGUCGGACCUGACCGCGUCCAAGUACCGGCGGUGGAAGGAUCAGAACGAGGAGCUGGUUUCAGAAAUCGAGAAGCUGGCCUCGGCUGCAGGUGGCAGGGACGUCACUCCGGCGGGGGGCAGCAGGGGCGGCAGGGACGGCAGGGACGUCGCUCCGGCGGAGGGCGGCGAGGACGUCGCUCCAGCGGAGGGCGGCAGGGACGGCAGGGACAUCGCUCCGGCAGAGGGCAGUGAGAACGUCGCUCCGGCGGAGGGAGGUGAGGACGUCGCUCUGGCGGAGGGCGGUGAGGACGUUGCUUCGACAGAGGGCAGUGAGGACGUCGCUUCGGUGUGGGACACGCCUGCUGAGGACGUUGCCUUGGAAACGGUUGCCACGGAAACAGCCGCUGCAGAGACUGAGGCAUACAGACUGAGCCUGAGCGACGGUGAGCAGCUCGUCGACGCGGAGCCGUCUGAUGUUCGCCUGGAGAUCCCUCGGGAGUCUCCGAGUCCCGAGUCGAGCCCGCUGCUGGAACUCUCUCUGGGAUCUCUGUCGGACUCCAUAAACAAUCAGCUGCGCAAAAAUGGUGGUCAUUACUUCUACAUCUAGAACCUCAGCGGCUCAGUAAAGCCUGUUUAUUGUUGCCCAAUGUUUUUUCCACGGAGCUGUCGAACAGGAGCGCAUGUUCUGAUAUUUACAUUCAAGGAUCUCUAAACAUUGCCUCUCAAUCAAAGGCUGCAUCCUUAAAGACUUUAUUCUCUUGUUAUAUGAGAAAAAAAUCUGCCAAGUUUUCAGCACAUAUUUAUGAAAUUCUGAAAUAUAUUAGAUUUUGCAUUAUUUUAAAAUUUUCCUGUAGGUCAUGCCUUUUUCAUAUGUUGUGUAAAUAUUUUCCCAUAAUUACUGUUUUCAUUGGUUAACUCACAGUACCUUAAUAAAGGUAUAAGUGAAAAACAUUUGAUGGAACGUUUCCAGCAGAGUUGCAGCUCUUUUGUCUGUGCUUCACUUCACCUCUUCUGUGCUCUUGCUGAUGAACUCUUCGUCAGACUGACUGACUGUCUGAGCGGUGAAUGAAGCAGUGAAGGCCUCUCCAUGCUGGUUUGAAAGAAUAAAGAGAAUUUAGAUCCAAUAUAUGCAAGUAUAUUUCACUAAAUUGAAAUAUGAUGAAAAAGAAUUGAAAAGUGAAACUUGUACCUGGAUGGAUGCAUUUUAAAUGUUUGUUUGUGUUAAUUUUGGCACACAGAUAAUAAAAACCAAAAAUUCUGUUUCUCAUAAAUUUGAAUAUUACAAAAGACCAAUAAAAACUGACUUUAUGCUGGAUUUUCAGAAUGAGCUAAAUUUCCAAAUGAAAUCAAAAAUUAACUUUUGUCUGAGAAGGGGUCUUUUCACCACUACACAACAAUCUGUUGCUUCUCACAUUGACUCUUGCUAAGAAGUUGCUGUCCAUGUUCUGGAUCUGCUCCAAACUCUUGUCAGAGCUGCUUCACAAUCUUCUGUUUUACCACAUUGUUUCCUUCCACCAAACCUUUUGUUGAUUUGUUUUGAUCCAGCAGCUUGUGACAAUCCGACUUCUUUAGCAGUGAUCUUUUGUGGCUUAUGCUCCUUAUGGAUGGUCUCACUAACUGUGAAGUCAUAAUAUGAUAAUUACAGCAUUCCUGCAGAGAAAGUCAUUUUUUAAAUUGGUCUCAUGAAAUAUUAUGAUUUUCUGAGAACGCAAAUAUUGAGUUUUCUUUAGGUGUGCAAAAAUAAACAUUUAUCAGUCAUUGUUUAAUGAAUUUAUAUCAUAGUUUUAAAAUAUUAUUUAAAUUACUGAAAAAAAUACAAGCUGUAUAUUGUCAACGUGACUCAGAGCAGUAUGACUGACAAUCACUUGUAAAUGUUUUGUUUAUGUCAGGCUCCAUUGGGUGAAUUUCAGUGUUUAUUACUUUGCUUCCUACAUCUGUCCUCUAACAACAAAAAUAAAAUGUUUUUAAUUCUC